AUGACUGUGAUCAAGAGUGAUGCUCUUGGAAGCCCCAUAGAGUUGUUAGAUUUCCAGCUGAUGUUGUUGCUGCUCUUGCUAUAUCAUUCUUCCAGCAAGCAUUUGACUGCCUCCAUGUGUAGGAAAGAUGAUCUUUCAAAAGAGAUUUUCCUUGGUGAAUUUGUAUCUAUUACACUUGGCAAUUUCAUCGUGCCAGACUUUCAGAACUGCCCAGAUGAGUCAGGAACAACUGCUUAUCUGAUCCCUAAAAAUUACCAGCAUGUCCUGGCUUUCAUUUUUGCCAUUUGUGAAAUCAACAAGAAUGCCAAAUUGCUGCCAAACGUCACUUUUGGAUUCAAGAUCUAUGACAACCUUUUCAAUUCUCGCCAAGCCUGUUGGAACACUAUGGAUUUUCUGUUCUUAGGAAAAGGGAAUCCACUCAAUUACAACUGUGCUAAGGUGGAUAACAUAAUGGCUGUCAUUGGAGGUCUCACAUCUGAAAACUCUAUCCAGAUGGCUAAUAUCUUAACUACCUACAAAAUUCCACAGCUUAGCUAUGGUGCCUUUGAUCCAGUGAUACGGGAUAACAUUCAGUUGCCCUCUUUUUACCGGAUGGUCCCAAAUGAAGAAACUCAGUAUGCUGGGAUUGUUCAGCUUCUCAGGCAUUUUGGAUGGAACUGGAUUGGACUCAUUGUUUCAGAUGAUGACAGUGGAGAAACCUUCCUCCAAACCCUGAGACCAAAUCUCUUGAAGAGUCACAUUUGCAUUGCUUGGACAAUGGUCAUCCCAUUAGUGACAGCCAUUAUGCCCUAUGAAAUCAUUGAAGCCAAACUGCAACCAAUUUAUUCUGCCCUGUUUUCUAAUGAAAUAAAUGUGACUCUUGUAUCUGGUGAUGUCCAGUCUCUGGAGGGUUUACGAAUUAUUAUACAUUCGGCUGAAAUUUCAGAGAUGAUCUCACUUGAGAGGCUUCACUCCAUUCUCAGAAGCAUUCACUUUAACAAUAGUGCUGGGGAAGAGAUCUCUUUUGAUGAGAAUGGGAACCUGGCAGGUGGAUAUGAUAUCAUCAAUUUGGUCACAUUCCCUAAUGAAUCUUUCCAGCGGGUUACUGUUGGGAAAAUGGACCCCCAGGCAUUCACCAUAAACAGAAGUGCUGUUAUUUGGCAUCCCAAGUUUCAACAGAUGCCACCCAGUUCCACCUGUGUUGAGAGCUGCUAUCCUGGACAGAGCAUGUUAGUCCAACUGGGAAAGCAAGUCUGUUGCUAUGAUUGUGUUGAGUGUCCCAAAGGGAGGAUUUCAGUCCAAUGGGAUGCAGAAGAAUGCAAGAGGUGUCCAGAUGAUCAAUAUCCAAACAAGAAUCAAGACCGAUGUGUUCCUAAAGACAUAUCCUACUUAUCUUAUGAGGAGUCCUUGGGAUCAGUUCUGGCUUCCCUGACUCUUUUCCAUUGUGUGACCACUGUUGUGGUCCUAUGGUGCUUCAUUCAGUAUCACAGUACACCUAUUGUCAAAGCCAGUAAUUGGAACAUUACCUGUACAUUGCUCUCUUCUCUGUUGUUCUGCUUCCUCUGCUCUUUCUUAUUCAUUGGGAAGCCUGGGGAGAUUGUCUGCCUUCUCAGACAAACUGUCUUUGCCAUUGUUUUCUCCACUGCUAUUGCUUGUGUAUUAGCCAAAACCAUCACUGUGGUUUUGGCCUUCAUGGCUACCAAGCCAGGCAAUAGGAUCAGGAAAUGGGUUGGGAUGAGACUUGCAGUGCUGGUUAUCAUUUUCUCUUCUCUUAUUCAAGUCAGUAUUUGUAUUGUGUGGUUGGCCACAUCUCCCCCUUUCUUAGAGUUGGAUGUAGACUCUCAGGUAGAUCAGAUUAUUAUGCAAUGCAACGAAGGCUCAGGAUUCAUGUUUUAUGUUGUCCUGGGCUACAUGGGACUACUGGCCAUCAUUAGCUUUAUGGUAGCUUUCUUUGCCCGGAAAUUGCCUGAUAGUUAUAAUGAAGCCAAGCUCAUCACCUUCAGCAUGUUGGUGUUCUGUACUGUUUGGGUGUCCUUUGUGCCAACAUAUCUAAGCAUGAAGGGGAAAUAUAUGGUAGCUGUGGAGAUCUUCUCCAUCUUGGCUUCUAGUGGUGGGUUGUUGGGCUGCAUCUUUCUUCCUAAAUUGUACAUUAUUGUGGUAAGGUCUGACCUGAACACCAGGGACCAGUUAAGAAGGAAGAAGGAUGGUUAUAGUUAG